AACCAUAUCACAAUAAAAUCCCGAAGAGAGAGAGAGAGAGAGCGCAAGAGGUGCUCUAAUGGCAGCAGCUCUCUUCUCGCCUCCCUCUUUUUCUCCCUUGUCUCUCUGUAAGAGGGACCAGCAACUUGGUUCAUCAAAGAGGAGAGAAAAAACUGGGUUUUUUAAGAAAACCCAUGUCAUUGUAUCUUCUUACUCGGCGCCCAUUUCAUCAAAAAGCAUCCAGAGAAGGGAUUUGGUUCUCUUUGGCAUCUCAACUUCUGCUGCUCUUUUAUUCCCUUCUCAUGAUGUACAUGCUGAGCUUGCACUGGGGAGUGAAGAUGUGAAAAUGGCUUUAUCAGUGGAUGACAUCAAUGCAUAUUCUUUUCUAUACCCUAUUGAGUUGCCUGCAAAGAAACUUACCUUCAAAUGGGUGGAAUCGAGAAAACCAGAACGUUAUUCAUCUGCUGCUCCACUAUCACCUAAUGCACGACAGCGCAUUGUGUAUGAGCGAGUUGACAUCAUCAAUAACCUUGUCAUCUCUGUUUCGAUUGGUCCCCCAAAUUCUCGAUUUCUAACUUCUAAUGACAAGGGAUCAUGGACGGCAAAAGAUAUCGCUGAUUCUGUUUUAUCCGACAAGUCUGCACUGCCUGUAUCCACGGACCAGCGCACGGUUGAGAGUUCUGUUCUUGACGCACAUUCUAACAAAGUGGACGGUGAACCUUACUGGUACUAUGAGUAUCUUGUUCGGAAAUCUCCUACAAAAGUUGUGCAAGAAUCAAACGUUUAUAGACACAAUGUGGCUUCUACUGGAGAGCGAGACGGAUAUUUGUAUUCUCUGAAUGCCUCAACUAUUGGCAAGAAAUGGGAUUAUAUGGGACCAUUCUUACGGCAAACUGUGGAAUCAUUCCGUCUACUUCCUCCAACAGAUAAUUAUGUACCCCCCUAUAAGGAUCCUUGGAGAUUUUGGUGAUCCAAGGCCAGUCAUCUUAGGCAAAAAUAUUACAUUUUUGUAUUUGUUAUAAGAUGUGACCUGUUCUUUUGUUUGAUUUUGUUUCAAUUGUUUUGAGCUGAUGAGAACCAAUUGAUUCAAUGAUCUACAUUUGAUAGUUUUUGCUGGCCACAAUGUUAUACUGUUGUAUCUGUUGGUAAAAUUAACUGUAUUAACAGUACUUGCGCUGCAUUGUUGCAAUUUGAGGAGCGUUUCUUUCACGAGUA